AUGCCGUCAAAGUAUCAUGUAGGUCAGCGAAUCUCUUUCGAAUCCGCUUUGUGCACUGUUCGAUAUGUCGGCCCAGUUGAAGGAACCGAAAAAGAAUGGCUUGGAGUUGAGUGGGAUGACCCUACACGUGGGAAGCAUGAUGGAGAGCACAAGGGAAAGCGAUACUUCACCUGCUUAAGUAAAGCUCGAAGUGCAGGAUCUUUCGUUCGUCCCACCAGACAAGCAGAUUCCGAGCAAAGCUUCGUGGAAGCCGUUCAUCAGAAAUAUGCAACUGAAAUCACCAACCAGCAAGCCCCAGAAGCUUUGGACAAGCAAAUUGUAAUCUCUGGCAAGGUUGCUGAAGAAGUUGGCUUUGAUAAAAUUCGGCAGCAGCUUUCACAACUGCACGAGUUGAAGAUAAUUAUUGUCGAUGGGCUACGUAUCAAUUGUGCCGAGAAAGACAGGAAGGCCAUUAGGGAAGUGUGUCCCAAGAUCGUAGAGCUUGAUAUUAGCAGGAAUUUAUUCGAGAUUUGGGAGGAGGUCGUCCAUAUCUGUGGAGAGCUUGACGACCUACGAAGCCUGCGUAUCAACGGCAAUAGAUUCGAGUCCGGCCUCAAGUCUACGGAUAGUAAUCAUAAAGCAUUCCGUGGGAUUACGGAGUUGGAGAUGGAUGAUAUGCUCCUUCCUUGGAGGGACUUGGCCAAAACCACAGAGCAGUUCCCAACCUUGACGGAGCUUGCAGCAUCUUCGAACCAUCUCACUGAACUUGAUUAUCCUCUCAGAGCUUCAAAUCUGAAGUCUCUUACGUUGGAGUACAACGACUUCACAAGCCUUUUAGAUCUUUCUAUUUUGUCAGACCUGGCGUCUCUUGAAACGCUUCGCCUCAAGGGAAACAAUAUCUCCAUAAUCACGCCAAAUGACCCUACUGAAUGUCCAAUAUUUGGAAGCAAAUUGCAAUAUGUGGACUUGUCUUACAAUUUGAUCAGCAGCUGGGAUUUCGUUGAUAACCUCCCUGCCGUCUUCCCGGGGCUGACAAACUUGCGGUUAUCACACAACCCGAUAUAUGAGAGCAAAAUCAAGGACACUGGAUCAUCUUCAAUCGCAGAAGAAGGAUAUAUGCUUACAUUGGCUCGUCUUGGCAACUUGAAGACAUUGAACUUUAGUAACAUCACAACGGCCGAGCGGACAAAUGCCGAGAUGUACUACCUCUCGCAAAUUGGGAAGGAGAUGGCAGAAGUCCCAGAAAGCGAGGAACAUGCAAUUAUUGCCAAGCACAAGCGUUACCACGAGCUUUGCAAAAAGUACGAUGCACCAACCGUUGUUCGGAAGGAUACCAAGGAGAUAAAUCCGAACUUCCUCGAGGCUCGCUUGAUCACAUUCACGUUCUACAUGCCUCCAAAUACAAAAGCAGACCAGGAAGAAGCAAUCACCAUCAAGCGGCAGAUACCCAAAUCGUUUGAUGUUUACCGUGUUAAGGGGCUUGUGGGUCGAAUGUUUGACAUCCCGCCUUUGGACAGCAGGUUGACCUGGGAAACUGGAGAGUGGGAUCCGAUUGCUGGCUAUGAGGAAUGGGAAGAUGAUAGUAGUGAUGAUGAAGAUGAAGAUGAAAAAGAUGACCAGAGAGCGGCCAAAGCAUCGGCAUCACUCGAGGAGAAAGGAAAGUGGAUGAAGCGGGAGGUUGAGAUUCAAGAAUCUGCUCGAAAAAUUGGAUUUUGUGUUGAUGGCAUGGAAGCCAAUGUCCGAGUCGAGUUGAGAAAAAGAUGA